CAAAUCUCUUGUUUGAUGUUAAAACUUUGAAUCAUCCUCUUCUUUGUUGGAAGUUACGUGACGAUGGCUGUUAGGGUUUUGAAUUUCGCAGGUUAUGUGUGUUUGUUCGCUUUGAUGAUACAAGUUUCAGGUUCAAAAGCUCUAAACUACAAGCCAGAUAUUAAUCGGCUCUAUCCUAAAGCCGUAUCUGAUUUGAAGGAAACUAUUCUUAAAUCAUCAGGGUUUCAAUCAGACGAUGUUAAAUUAUCUGGGUUUGAUUUGAAGGGUGCCUUAGUUGGUCGAUCAAUGGAGUUUGAUCUUGAAAUUGAUAACAAAAUUCUUCCAAUAAAACUGUUGGAGGAUGUAAAUAAUUGGGAAUACGUAGAUUUGCCUACUUUCGUAAUGGAUGAUCAGGUGAUAUCAUCUCAUGAAAAUGGAUUGGUUGAGAAGAAACGUGAUUCAGGAAAAGGGUUGCCUACUUUGGCUCCCUUCCAACUUGCAGGUCCAAUGGAGCUCUGGAUUCAGGACGCCAAAGACAUGAGGCUGUUCUUGCCUCAUGAUGUUGAUGCUGGCGAGCUGAAGAAGGUGAUGCUAGCGGAUGGUGCCGUUGUGACCGUGAAGGGUGCCAAAUCCGUCACUUUACGACACCCAAUUGAACUCCCGCUUCCUUUUAACAAAACAGAAAAUGGUGAUGCUUCUGGUCUUCUAACCUUAGGCAACCACCUCCGACAUGCCUGUCGUACCCAACGCCAACUCGUUUCUCUCCGUAUCGUAGGCCCGACGUCACUGAAUUCCCCUGCCACGCCAUCGCCCGCUUUCAACAAGCUAAAGCUGAAACGCCUUGCUCCUGGCUUAGUAGAAUUAUCCUCGGCUUCAAAGCAAAACUCGAAAACCGCACUUUCCACCAUUGAUCUUCAAGGGGACGUCCCUACCCUCCUCACUCCAGAUCGCUUAACCACAUUCUGGCCGGUUGCAUCGAUCAAUGGCUCGAACUCAAACUUGCGUGGUCUAGAGACACUGCUUUCCGCAGUUUUGGACUCAAUGGGAAGCAAUAAUGGUUCGUUUAAGGUAUUGAGAACGGAGAUAUCGGCUCAAACAUUUCUUAAGUUCGGUUUCGAGGUGGAGAAGAAGGUGACAGGCAAUGAAUCGUUGUGGGAGGGGUAUCCGGAGUGGAGAACAAAGCCGGAGAGCGUGGUGAUGCGUUACGAGGUGUUGGGAAAGGUGGAUGGGGAGAAGAUAUUGCCGGAGAAAGUGGUGGAAGUUGAUCGUGUUACGGUGGAGGAUACGGUGGCACCCAGUGUUAUCACCGGGAACGUAACGAUGUCAAAGAUGCCGAUCGUUAAUGUACCUUUUAGCCCAUUUGCAUUAUGAAGGUUGGUUAGUCAAGUGUACAGAUAUGGAUUAUUUUCCUUUUUAGAAGAUGGGAAAGGCCUAAAGAUUUUGGUUUGAAGGCUAUUGUAUAAAAUAGAUUGUUAGUCUUGUAUUAAUUUUU